AUGUCCGCGCAAGCACCACUGUCGGGGUACACCUACACCUACUUCAAUGUCUACAACCCGACCGACGGCGUGGCGCAUGUCGAGAUCAACCGCCCCAAGAAGCUAAACGCCUUUUCGGAACCCGUCUGGCUAGAGUUUGGGCGCAUCUUCACAAGACUCAGCGAAGAUGAGAACGUCCGGGCCGUGGUGCUCAGCGGGAGUGGCGACCGGGCCUUCACGGCGGGACUGGACGUGCAGGCCAGCAGUGAGGGAAGCCAGCUGUUCACCGAGGGGCCGGACGCUGCGAGGAAGGCCAAGGGUUUGAGAAGUCACAUUGAGGAGUUUCAAGGCUGCAUUGGUGCGGUGGAAAAGUGCGAGAAGCCUGUGAUUGUCGUGCUCCAUGGCAUCGCGCUGGGUCUGGCGAUUGACAUUGCCUGCUGCGCCGACAUUCGCAUCGCCGCGUCCAACACGCGCUUCGCCGUCAAGGAGGUGGACAUUGGCAUCCCUGCGGACAUUGGUACCCUGACCCGUCUUCCCAAGAUCGUCGGCAACCACUCGUGGGUCAAGGAGGUAUGCCUCACCGCCCGCGAUUUCUCAGCCGCCGAGGCCAAAGAGGUCGGCUUCGUCGGUUCCGUGCGGGAGUCCAAGGCGGCGGCUCUCCAGGCCGCGCUCGACAUGGCUGGUCUACUGGCGAGCAAAAGCCCCGUUGCGGUGCAGGGCACCAAGGAGCUGCUGAACCACGGGCGCGAUCACGCGACGGUGGAGAGUCUGCGGUAUACGGCGGUGUGGAAUUCGGUGGCGGUGCAGAGCGAGGAUUUCAAGAAGGGAAUCGUGAGCGGGCUGAAGAAGACGAAGCCGACCUUUGCCAAAUUGUAG